AUCAGGCAUUCUAAAUUCUAGUUACCUAGCCUACUAGCCUACGAUUCUCUCUCUUGAAACUUGAAAGAACAAAAACAAAGAUUUGCCUUUUCAGUUCAUUAAUUUCAAAUCAAAAUCUGAAAUCACAAGACCUAAAAAAAUUCCUUGAAGAAAUCAACAAUGGAGUCCGACCAAGAAACUCUAGCUGCAUCAGCGACAACAACAACUACAACAACAAUGAUCAAGAUUUUCAUGGACAUCACAUCCUCCACUGAAGAAGAAGCAAAAUUCUUCCUCGAAAGCCAUAAAUUCGACGUAGACGCCGCCAUUUCCACCUUCUUUGAGUCAAACUCUACUUCUCCAACCAUUGCUGUCGCUGAUAGUUGUAGUGUUAGUGGUGCUGAUGCAAGUAUUCAAUCUCCAUCUCCUUCUGCCUCGCCGUCUCGCUCGCGCUCCCGUUCUCCGCCCUCCGGAACUCGGAAAAGUACGAAUAACAACAGCAAUGAUGAUGAUGAUAACAAUGGCAGGAGUUCUAAUUCUCGAAGUCGUAUAGCCCGCGUUGGAGGUGUUCGUAAUUUGGCUAAUCUUGACCGGAAUGCUUCGGGUUCGCAUAGUGAUUCUGAUCAUGAUCAUGAUCAUGCUCGUCCUCCUCAACGUGUCAUGAUUUUGCAAGAUAAUGAUGUUGAUGCGAUUUUCGAGCAAGCUAGACGUAUGCGAGCUAUUAAGGGACCACUUGAUGUUCACCAACCAUCUUCAAGCUCAAGAAGCUUUACUGGAAAGGCUAGAUUACUCUCGGGAGAGACGGUGUCAGCUUCUCCUCAAGAGCGGGAUCCUGAAGUUAUUUGGCAUACUCUCACCUUUUGGCGUAAUGGUUUUACAGUGGAUGACAGACCGUUGAGAAGAUUUGAUGAUGAAGGCAAUGCUCCAUUUUUGGAGAGCAUAAAGAGGACCGAGUGUCCAAAAGAGCUGGAGUCAGCAGACGGGAAGAACCCAGUCAUUGUCAACCUUGUGAGAAGAUAUGAGAACUGCCCUGAACCAAAAAAACGAAGAAUUGCAUUCGAAGGAGUUGGAAGGACAUUGGGUACCAGCAGCCUUGUUUCUUCUGGUCCUGCUCCUGCCACUGCUCUCAACUCUGCUCCAUCCCCUCUGAUGGGCCUAGUUGUGGAUGAUAAACUGCCAUCGACCUCAAUCCAGCUUAGGGUAGCUGAUGGAACCCGCACGGCUCUACGCUUCAACUAUCACCACACAAUAAGAGAUAUUCAUGCCUUCAUUGAUGCGUCAAUGCCAGCUAGAACAGGAGCUUAUACACUGCAGAUGAUGGGGUUCCCUCCCAAGCAACUCACUGAUCUUGACCAGACUAUAGAGCAGGCUGGUCUUGCCAACUCCGUUGUCAUCCUGAAAUUUAGCUGAUCGUUUCAUGGAUAUUGGAUUUGUUGCAUUACCUUCUUUAUACGCUGCUAUAAUAGGCUAAUAGCAUUGAAGACUGAAGAACUAACAAAUGAUGAUUGCUAAAAAGUUUAGUGGUUGCUACAUUUAUUGAGCACAUCGAUCUGUGAAUGUCUUUAUUUCUCCUGUAACGCGGGGGUUAUCCAAAGGCUAGCCAAUAGAAAACCGUUAGCAAUACCUCCUGUAAGACGGGGUUUAUCCAAACAUGGGGGAUAGCAAUAGAAAACCGUCGCUACACAAUUCACCAUUUCAAUUUCCGGUAGAGUAGAACUCGAGAAGGCAGUUUUAUGGGCAUUUGUUUGAAAACAAUUAAAAUUUUGGGUUUCUAAUCACGUUCAUAUGCAAUUCCUCCAUUGCAUGUUACUUCCCUAGUUUUGUAGAUCUAUCAAAUUUCAUUUGAGAUAUCUCAAAAUAUAUUUCAUUCGUUUUUUAAUAA